AUGGCUGCAAACUUUCCCGAUCCAUCUCCGAACACGGUCGAAGAAAUCUUCCAAGACUACAGCGUUCGAUACGGCGCCGUGCAUCGUGCUUUGACCACAGAUUUUGAAGAAUUCUUUAACCUCUGCGAUCCAGAAAACGAAUACAUGUGUCUGUAUGGAGAUUCAGACGGAAGCUGGCGAGUUAGUAAUGCAACAGAUGAAGUACCAACUGAUCUUCCUGAACCAACAUUAGGGUUACUUGUUGGUAGAGAUUUAAUGAAACGUCAAGAUUGGCUCUCUUUAAUCGCAUUGCACACUGAUUGUUGGUUGAUCGCUUUAGCUUUUCGUUUCGCAUUACAUUUCGACUAUAAGGAAAGGAAUCGAUUAUUCAACUUGAUCAAUGAAAUGCCUACACUUCACAAUUUGAUUUCCCUAAAGAAACAAGAUGAUAAUGUUGAUAAGGAUGAUGAUGAUGAUAAUAAGGAUGAUAUUUGUGGCUCUUGUGGGGAAAAAUACAAUGGAGGGGAGUUUUGGAUCGCGUGUGAUAUGUGCGAGGUGUGGUAUCAUGGAAAUUGUGUGAAAGUAACUCAGGCUAAGGCUGAUAAGAUCAAAAAAUUUAAAUGCCCGGCUUGUGUUGGAAUUGAACGCUCCAAGAGGCCACCCCGACCAAGGGGAUUGAGCAUACGGGGUUCAAAAUAG